UUUCCACAUACAUAUUUUUUUUGCUUCAAUUAAAGCAUAGCACAAAUGCGGGCGCUGGGAGAGAGAGAAAGAGAGGCAUGCUUUUGGGUAGUGUUUUUUUGAGUUUGGUUUUUGGGUCUGCCAUUUUUUUCUCUCUGGUGCAUGUUUAAAAGGCAUGGCGUAUUUUGGCUGUUGGCUUUUGGCUGUUGGCUUGUUUUUUGGUGUGCUCGUAGUAGCCAAGAACAAAAGAGGCGAGAUUCAAAGCCUACUAGAGGUGCAGUGCUAGCUUUUGCACAAGAACAUUGGAUUCUUUUCCAUCCGUAUUUCUCCUUUCUCGUUUCAUUACUGUGGCUCUUGAUGAAAGUGAUCCGUUUCUUGCCUAUGGGUUGUGAUCACUUCAAAUAUUCUUUUCCGUGACGUUGGCUGUGAAGCUGUGAUUACUUUGCCAAAGAGGGGGUAUAUCUUUGGGGCAUCUAUCUAGCCCAAUGUAGA